GUGCCAUUGGGGAGCUUUCAAGAUGGCAGAGAAACGCCUGCCGCUUGCUCCUGCCUGCAUGGACCUCUCUCUGUCUCUGUGUGGAGGUACCUUGUCACCAACCGAGUAUUGCUCAGUGUAUCCUUCAUGCCACGAAACCGUUGAGUCCUGCUGCGACGAGGAUACCUGUUCUGCUGAGUGUUCGUCUGUCUGUGAUGGUUUGGUGGCCUGUGAUGCCUCCACCAUCUGCUCGGAAAUGCUCUGCGACUCCCAGGACUGCCAGAAUACGACCCCGGUUUGCUUUGACCAGAACUGCAUAGGUGACGGCACGGUGACUGUUGUUGACGACGGCAUGUGCGACAUGCUCAAUCCGGACGGUUCUUUCAGCUGGAAUUCGGAAGGCUUUCUGGAUUCUGAGAACACUACAACCCCCGUUCAUCAUCAUCCCUUUCACCACCCCCCGCACGAUGCUCCAGCUAGCGUUUGUCCCAGUAUGCAUUCCGUCGGGCCCAUUCCCCCGUCUGAACCAUCUUUGGUUGCCAAAAACUAUGCCUUCCAAUAUCACCAAGACCAGUCCUGCUCCUCCUUACCGCAAGCUACUUUAACUGAAUCGUCAAACUCGCCGGGUUCAAAUAUCGACCACACAAUCAACCUGUGUUCGACCCUCGAUAACUGCAACCAUGAGUCUCACUUCGGGCCCGUCUUCUCAGACUGCAAUCCAGAUGAAUUCCUGGGGUUUAUCCCCAUGGAAUUCCAUGAGCAAUUCCAUUCCAUUUAUUCCCAGUUAUAUCCCCGGUUUGACGGCGGCUUGAUGCUGCCAUGCGAAUUGCAACCCGAACAUGUGCACAAGAAUACGUCACGCUCCCUACAGCCUCCCCACCGUCCUCCAUCAUCAAGCGUAUGUUCUGCCCACUCGACUUCGAGCCCAUCUUUGACGCCGCCGUUACAAGGCAGCGAUAUCACUACUCCCCUCGCUACGCCCCUCACAACGCCCCUCACAAGCCCCGACGUCGAACAAACGAAUGAGUUGUAUAUCUGCAAGUGUAUUAUAAAGACCGAAUCCCAUAAUACCACCUGUGGAGCUAGCUUUCUCGAGGCCAGCAAACUCCAAGAGCAUUUAAUCCAUGCCCAUGUUGGCGCUAUUGAAGGGCCCCAGGGACAUGGCUUCUAUUGCUGCUGGGAAGGUUGCCAUCGCCCCAAUGAGCCGUUUUCGCAAAAGUCAAAACUUCAAGGACACUUCCUGACACAUAGUAACCACAAAGGCUUCCAAUGUUCCACGUGCGCGAAAUGCUUUGCGAGGCAGGCAACGCUGGAACGCCACGAGAGAAGCCAUCGCGGGGAAAAGCCUUACGUCUGCAAGCUGUGUCAGAAGGCGUUUACAGAUAGUAGCGAGCUGAAAACGCACAUGCGAAUUCAUACCGGCGAAAAACCAUUUAAAUGCAAUUUUCCGGGUUGUUCUUUUGAGACUGGAGAUUCAUCAAAUAUGUCCAGCCACAAACUCACCCAUGGUGUCCGAAAGCACAAGUGUAACUUCCCCGGUUGUUCGAAGAGCUUCACACGGCCAGACCAGCUGAAAAGACACAUGAAAACGACCCAUAAAGUAAACACCAACUCAUCCGUCUCUGUUUCACCACCAGCUGUUAGACAUUUUCCUCUAGCCCAAUUCCAACCACCCUCCGCGCGCUCACCAUUCUCCUUCCCCUACCAAACCGUUGCCAUCCCGAUGGCAACCGAAUAAAACAGAAAUUCUUUCAACAUCGCACCACCUAACACACAACGAUGCACCAUAAAAAGCUCGGGGCGCAGCCAGUUCCGCGGUGGCUUGUUUUAAAGAUUCUGCGCCCACCCUGGUUAUUUACGGACAUGAACAUUUAACAUUUUUAAUGAAACCCGCCCCUUUUCUGUCGUUCGUUCGUUUAUUUAUUUGCCUCGUCUUUUUCCAGUUCAGCUCGGCGUUGGCAAUUUUUCUCGGCGGUAGAAUACAAAGAGAUUUGGGAGGGGAAACGGCGAUUUGGCUAGCCUACUUGACACUUUUUAUACUGUAUUUAUUGAUUUCUAUUUUUCAAUUUUAACCUCCCUGGAAAAUCCGGCGCUGUGUUGUUGUUGGUUUUUAAACUAGCUGAUUGGUUGGUUGAUUGUUUUUGAUUGUUUUAUACUUUGCAGCUCUUUUUGAGUAUAUUUUUGGCCUGACUCCACUGGCUUUUGAAGCAACAGAUAGCAGGGUUGCUUCUGAUAGAAGGUAUAUAUGAUUUCAACGUUAAAACACCAUAUCAUCCUGGACGGAGAUCUCAAAUGUUGCUAUCUGCAAUGGACCAUAAUCGCUAGUCGAGCAAUAGAAAUGGCAAAAUGUUUUUGAACAGAAUC